CUAACUAAACUCUGAACUAAGCUUCAAAAUGUCGGUAUUCUGAAAUAUGUCAUUUUGCAUUUGAUUUAUGUUGACUUAUAAAUUAAAAAUUAAUCAGAAGGGCUACUGCAGUAGGCUUUUGGGUUCUGCCUACAUUUUUAAAUGAACAAAAAUAAAUCAAUGAGUAGAUACGGACCGCUUGUUGGUGCAAUUGACGAAGGAACCAGCAGCGUUAGGUUUUUGGUUUUUGCUGGAGAUACUGCUGAAGUACUAACUUAUCAUCAAGUUUCGAUAUCUAAGUCACAUCCAAAAGAAGGAUGGGUUGAACAAAAUCCAAUGGAAAUAUUGACAGCUGUGAAGGAGUGUUUGAAUCAAACUGUACAUAAUUUGCGCCAACUUACUAUUGACCCAGCUGAUAUAGUUGCAAUCGGAAUAGCGAAUCAGAGAGAAACAUCAAUAAUAUGGGAUUCUGUUACCGGUGAACCCUUGUACAACGCAAUUGUGUGGAUGGAUAUGCGCACAACUAAUAUUGUAGAAGACAUACUGAAGGGAGUUCGUAACAAUAAAAACUUCCUCAAACCUUUAUGUGGCCUUCCAAUUAGCCCCUACUUUAGUGCAGUCAAGCUUAAAUGGUUAAUGGAAAACGAAAUAAGUGUGCAAGAAGCCAUUAAGAAAAAACGAUGCAUGUUUGGUACGGUUGAUUCCUGGCUUAUUUGGAAUUUAACAGGUGGCAUACAUGGAGGAACUCAUAGUACAGAUGUCACAAACGCUUCUAGAACAAUGCUAAUGAACAUUUCUACUUUAAAGUGGGAUUCCACUCUACUCGAAUUUUUCCAAAUACCACCAGAGAUAUUGCCUCAAAUUCGAAGUUCUUCAGAAAUUUAUGGCCAUGUCUACGAAGGAGUACUGCGGGGUGUUCCAAUAUCAGGGUGUUUGGGUGACCAGCAGUCAGCCUUAGUUGGUCAAAUGUGCUUUGAACUUGGCCAAACAAAAAGCACAUAUGGAACUGGUUGUUUUCUUCUAUAUAAUACAGGAACAGCGAUUGUGGAUUCAACCCAUGGUUUAUUGACAACUGUUGCGUAUCAAUUAGGACCUCAAUCACCUCCCGUAUAUGCAUUGGAAGGAUCGGUAGCAAUUGCAGGAGCACUUAUACAAUGGUUGAAAGACAAUAUGGAAAUACUUGCUAAAGUAAAAGACUGCGAAUCUACGGCUAAACAGUAUCCAAAUGACAAUCGAAUUGUGUUUGUCCCAGCAUUUACGGGACUGUAUGCACCGUAUUGGCAAAAAGACGCACGCAGCGUUAUAUGUGGGAUCACUGAAGAUACAACUAGUGCACAUAUUGUAAAAGCAGCUUUACAAGCUGUAUGCUUUCAAACCAGGGAUAUACUCGAGGCAAUGAAAAAAGAUACGGGUUCUUUAUUUCCAAAGUUGCUAGUAGACGGAUCAAUGACUACCAAUAGUUUACUAAUGCAGAUGGAAGCUGACAUAUGUGGGAUUCCAGUGGUUCGGCCUCUGAUGUGUGAAACCACAGCUCUUGGUGCUGCAGUUGCUGCUGGCAGGGCAGAAGGCAUUCGCAGAUGGGAUGUGAGACUCGACGUUCCAGUACCCAGUGAUACAUUCAUGCCAUCUAUAACUGAUAAUGAACGAGAUAUUCUUUAUUCGCAGUGGAAAAGGGCCAUUAAAAGAAGCUUAGGAUGGGAGCCUUUAGUAAAGUUCAAUGAUGGCGAACAAGAUCUGCAUAAGAUGACUGCAACGGGUCUUUUUGUUAUAGGUACAAUAAUUUUUCUGUUGGUUGCGAAGUAUCGGGCACCUACUUAAUUAGAAUAGUAUUUCAUAAUUUUCUUUCGGAAUUGUAAUACAAAUAUACUAUAUUUUCACUUGUUUAAUGACAA